UUCGCAUUAUAUAAAAAGACGUGGCCCAUUCAACAUAAAACAAAAAUAAUAAUAAUAAAAAUAAUUCUUCCUGGCGAUCAUCGUUUCGUCAGGUGUGUAUGAUCGAAUCAUCUUCAUCGCUAUUAUCAAGCGCUAGCAGCAGUAUCUGAUCAUCAUCAACAAAUUUACGUAUAUUCAACAAGAUGUCUGGCCAGGGCCAGCGUUUGAAUGUGGUCCCCACCGUUACCGUUCUUGCAGUCAUCAAGGCUCGUCUUAUCGGCGCAACCAGAGGCCACGCUCUUCUAAAGAAAAAAAGUGAUGCUUUAACCGUUCAAUUUCGAGCCAUUCUAAAAAAAAUCGUCGCAACAAAAGAAUCAAUGGGAAACAUCAUGAAAUCAUCUUCAUUUGCCUUAACCGAAGCAAAAUACGUAGCCGGUGACAACAUUAAAUACACCGUCAUCGAAAACGUCAAAACUGCAUCUUUGAAAGUCCGGUCCCGUACCGAAAACGUUGCAGGUGUAAAACUGCCGAAGUUCGAGUACUUCACUGAAGCCGAGACCAAAAACGAGUUGACCGGGUUAGCAAGAGGCGGUCAACAGGUCCAAGGGUGUAAAACUGCUUACGUGAAAGCAAUCGAGGUUCUUGUGGAGCUUGCGUCGCUUCAAACAUCGUUCUUGACCCUUGAUGAAGCAAUCAAGACCACUAACCGCAGGGUCAACGCUCUAGAAAGCGUGGUCAAACCGAGGUUAGAAAACACCAUAAGCUAUAUCCGAGGUGAGCUCGAUGAACUGGAGAGAGAAGAUUUCUUUAGGUUGAAGAAGAUUCAAGCUUUCAAGAAACGAGAGAUUGAAAAACAGAUGAAAGAAUCUAAAAAGUUUGCUGAAGAACAAGCUGCCGAGAAUCUUUCGUUACAAAGAGGAAUCUCCGUGAAUGCUGCGAGUAACAUGCUUUCUGCUGCUAAGAAAGAUGAAGACAUCAUCUUUUGAAGUGGAGGUUAGUUUUUAAUUAUAUGCGACAUAUAUACGUGCUAUCUAUAUAUGUCUGCUGAAAGAAGUUUAUUUUGGUUAGAUGAACCGUAUCUACUUUUUCAAUAAAAGCUUCGUGUGUGCAGCUAUCGUUAUAUUUGGGUGCCGUUUUAUUUUUUUAAAUUUGGAUUCCAGGAACUCGUUCUUUUGUUUAUUUGUAUCAUGUUAUUCAUUGGGCGUUGAAGUACUCUUUAAGUUAUAAAUCAUAAAUCUUAAUCGUGCUGUUGUUUUC